CGCAAUUGGCUUUUGGAGAACUGCAGUGCUCUCGGCUUAUAAACUAAAUCUGUGAUCCUAAGUUUCUAAAGUGUAUAUAUUCAAAGAAAAAAUCACAGUCGAGCUAAGUGUCAUUGGUGAGCCAUUUCGGUUGAGAACCACAUUUUUCAAACUCGCCAUGUUUAUAAUUACCAACAUAUGUUGUGUACGACAACUCGAUCCUUCCUGCAUUGUGCCAAGCAUUGGUCCUAUUAAUCGACACCCCAAAGACAAUUGGCAUUGUUGCUUGCACAGUCCGAAACUUAGAUACACUACAAGAAUUUCUUACAAAUAUAGGCGACAAACGAAAAUGUCAAUAAAAGGGAAUGAUGAACAAGGGAAAAUCGACUUGCUGGUGUUUGGCUAUGCUUGCAAGCUUUUUCGAGACGACGAAAAGGCUUUGAUGAUAGAUAGCGGAUCUCACUUGAUACCAUGGAUGGGCGAUGAAACGCUCAAGAUUGACAGGUACGACGGGAGGGGAGCCCUCUACGACCUGUCCGCUCAUGAACCAAAAGCCGAUUCUAAAUACGAGCUGACUGAAGAGGAGAAGACGGUGGAGCAGAUCUGCGACCAAGAACGCUAUCGUUCGCUUUACAUAAACGAAGAGGAAGAGAUAUUUUAUCGGAGCGAGAUAGCGAAACGCUCUCAGAAAAAAGAACAGGAAUAUUCCGAAGUCGCUUAUAAUUAUGACGUGCCAAAUUAUCCCGGAGAUGAGCCCAGCGUUGAAGAUGCUCCGAGUAAACCUUUCGUUCCUCCUCCUGACCUUAAAAUACCUCAUGAUAUGAAAGUUCCCGAAACAGUCAAGCACAAUGCAAUCUUAGAAAGAACUGCAUUGUUCCUUGCUCAACAAGGUCCUCAGAUGGAAAUAUUAAUGAAAGUCAAACAACAAGGAAACAAAAAUUUUGAUUUUCUUUCUCACACGGACGAACUUCACAGGUAUUAUUUACACCUGAAAGCUUUAAUAAAAGCGGGCAGCUAUGUGCCCAAGGAGCAAUAUAUGGAUGAUGAUAUCGGGGCCAACCAAAAAGGUGAUUAUCUCCAUCCCACUCAUGCAACAAAUGCACCUACACCUAUGUCGGAAGACCAAAAAGUCAAACCCCCUCCGCCGAAUUCUAUAUCUCCUCCAGAUUACAUGCAAAAAAUUAUAGCAAUAAUGGUGAGAUACGUGCUAAAAAAUGGAAACCGGUUUGAAUCCACGGUGAUGAAAAGGGGCGAUUUACGAUUUUCUUUCUUAAAUCCUAAAAACCCUUAUCAUUCGUUUUACCAGGAAGAGCUCCGUAAAAAGCAGGCAAAAACUGAAGUCUUGAAAACAGCGACAGGGGAUGCAUGCAAGCCGAAAAAAGAAGAAAAAGAGACUGGCAAAUCUCUUAAGAGAAAGCCGAUACCAGUCUGCUUCUCUAUUAAAAAACCAAAAGAGAGCGAAGGUUUAGAAGUCUCGAGCGCCCUUUUAAUGGAGGAAAGUUCAGAUGAAGACGAGACGGGAUCAGUGAGCUCUCCGAAACAACAGAAAACCGAGCCUGAUGUCGAUGUCGUCAACUCUUUGGAAAAGAGGCUAAAGAAAUCAUCCGAAGUCACGAAAAAACACAAGGAAAAGAAAGACUUACAUCUUCAGAAUGAAAGGAAAAUGAAAGUAGCGCAGUUUCUCAAAGAUUUGAAAAAGAAAGGGACUUAGUGAAUUGUGAAAUUGCUCAAUUGUAUAUGCUAUACAUUAACUAAAACUUUUUAUUCUAGUUUAGUCAAAAGUUUAGUAUUAAUAUCUCAUGUAAUUAUUUUGUCUUUUGUAAAAUAAAUUGAUUUUAUGUAAUGCUAUUUUUAUAUUUUAUCACUGCUGUACUCAGGCAACUUUAUAUUAAAGUUUUAGUAAAGUUCAUUGAAAAAAUGUACCAAUUUAUGGAUAAAUGCUCCCACAACUUAGAUUGAAAUAAAAGUAUAGAAAUAUUUACAAA